AUGGGCAAAGGUACUGACAAGCUCUACAUCACCCAUUCGGAAUGGGCGUCUGAAGAUGCUUACUCGGCCAGCUUCGGCGCGGGCGUCAACAAGUCCAAGGCGGUCGGCGCCUCGUUCCGGCGGCUGCCCUUCAACUUCUGCGCGCUGUCGCUGCAGCCCUUCGAGCACCCCGUGUGCACCGCCGCCGGCACAAUCUUCGACCUGACCAACAUCCUGCCGUGGCUGAAGAAGCACGGCACGAACCCCGUCGACGGCAGCCAGCUCAAGCGCGCCGACCUGAUCAAGCUCAACUUCGCGAAGAACGACGACGGCGAGUACGUCGACCCGGUUACGUACAAGGUCUUCACCGACAACACGCACCUCGUUGCCCUCAAGCCGACCGGCAACGUCUUCGCCUGGGACACGAUCGAGCGCCUGAACAUCAAGGCCAAGAACUGGCGCGACCUGGUCACCGACGACGAGUUCUCGCGCAAGGACAUCAUCACGCUGCAGGACCCGCAAAACCUCGAGGCCAGGGACCUGAGCGCUUUCAAGUACCUCAAGGAUGGCGAGAGCAACCUGACGCCCGAGCAGGAGGCGGAGCGCGCCAGCGGCGUCAACGCCGGCGCCCUGGGCAGCUCCGCCAAGGUGCUCAAGGCCAAGGAGGCCGUCGCGAAGGCCCGGUCCGACCGCGAGAAGGCGGCCAAGGCGAAGGCGGAUGGCGGAGGCGUCGCGGCUGCGCUCGCCCGCGCGAGGGCCGAGCAGGCUGACGCUGCCAACGCCCUGCACCAGAACAAGCCGCUGCCGUACAACGCUGCCCAGUACACGACCGGAAAGGCGGCCGCCUCUUUCACAAGCACCGGUGUUACUCCGCAUACGUCUAAUGAGAGAGCGCUGCUCUCGGAGGAGGAGUACAUGCUGAAGCCGCGACGGGUGAAGAUACCGGGAUACGCUAGGAUGCAGACGAGUGUGGGAGAGAUCAAUAUCGAGCUGCUGCCCGAGUUUGCGCCCAAGGCCGUGUGGAACUUUGUGCAGCUGGCGAAGAAGGGGUACUACCGCAACAUCACGUUCCACCGCAACAUCAAGAACUUCAUGAUCCAGGGAGGCGAUCCGACGGGUACUGGCCGCGGGGGUUCAAGCAUCUGGGGCAAGAACUUCAACGAUGAAUUCGAGGGACCGAACAAGCACGAUACGAGGGGAAUUUUGAGUAUGGCGAACAAGGGCAAGAACACCAACUCGAGCCAGUUCUUCAUUACCUACCGCGCGGCGAAGCAUCUGGAUCUGAAGCACACCAUCUUUGGACGCGUUGUCGGUGGUAUGGAUACUCUGUCGCGGCUCGAGAACGCUCCUACGGAUUCCAAGGACAGGCCGGACCCGCCGCUUAUGCUGGAGGAUGUGGUUGUGUUCGUUGAUCCGUUCGAGGAGUUCCAGAAGCAAAAGGCUGAGAAAGACGCGAAGGACCGAGAGCAAGAAGAAAUAAAGAGGGCAGGAGGUACGGAGGACGACAAGACGACGUGGACGGGAAAGCGCAUCCGCGGUGAUGGAACGGUGGAGUCAGGCAGUGGUAGUGGAGGCGUUGGCAAGUACCUCAAGGCCGCACUCGCGGAGCAAAAAUCGACGGAAGCAGAAGAGGAUGAAAUCGUAGGGGAAUGGGAUGAGCCGGAGGAGCCUGUUAAGAAAAAGUUUAAGUCCGGUGGGUUUGGUAACUUUGACAAUUGGUAA